GGCAAUUGUAAGCCCACAGCCGAUCAAUAAACAUGGUAGACAUCAAGCAUAAGGAACUUUGCCUGCUUUUCCUAUUUUGGGUUGCCUCAGUCUUUGCCAUCGACUAUUGUGCACUCCCCACUUGUCUGGAUAAGCACAUCGCUUGUAAUAACAAAGGAAAUUUCAGUGUAGAAUGUCCUAGCGAUGUUCGUGAAAUCAAAAUGGACAGCCACCGAAAGCUAAUCUUAAGUAUUUUCAAUGAUCUCCGCAAUAAAGUUGCUGGUGGCUUGAUUGAAAAACUUCCCAAAGCUGUUCGCAUGGCCAAAAUGUCCUGGUGCGAAGAGCUUGCUCAUCUAGCCCUCUUCAAUGUAAAAACCUGUGAAUCCAUAGCCGACAAGUGCCGCAGCACCGAACGAUUUGCCUAUGCAGGACAGAACAAUGCCAUCUUCAGCUACAGCGGUGCCGAGUCCGAGUAUACGGAUGCCGAGAUUAUUAAGGAACAGAUUGAGAAAUGGUUCUCUGAACGUGCCAAUGUCUCACCCGAAAUUCUCUCUAAUUUCCCUGAGGAACUGCCCAACAAAAGCGUUGCCAAGUUCACCAUUGCCGUUGCCGAAAAGAAUACCCACAUUGGCUGUGCCGCUGUAAGGUUCUCCAAGGACUUUUACAAUCACUUUGUGCUUACUUGUAACUUUGCCACCUCCAACAUUGUUGGACAGCCCGUGUAUACACCCGGAGAGAAGGCAACCUCUGGUUGUAAGAACCGCUAUGGAGCUGCUUUCGAUUAUCCCAAUUUGUGUUAUGCCAAGGAGAUUUACGACAACGAAAAGGUGAUCCAGGCCAAGAAAGCAAUUUGAAUCGUUAAAAAUUAUGAAGAUAAAACAUAUGUAAGAUAAUAAAUAGUGAAAUGAUGAGCAUUAAA